GUGUAUGUGUGUGUGUGUGUGUGUGUGAGUGACAGAGAGAGAGAGAGAGAGAUGAAGGGGGAAAACAGCAGAUGAGGGUCACUGGGGUUUUCCAUUGUGUAGGAUCAGAAAAUACAUAAGAAGCAGUUAAGACAGAGACAUAGAGAAGGGGAAACACAUGCAUUCAGAGACAGAUCACACAGCAGAAAGAGAAAGAGACAGAGCGAGAGAGGGGGCAGAAGAUCACGAGAGUUGAGUGGAUGAACAUCAGUGAAACUGAGGCAGAGGAAGAUUUCACGAUAAGUGACGCGUUUGGAGCCAAGAUAGCAGAGCAGGUUUAGGUUAGCAGUGUGUAAACGUAUAGAUAUUUAACACCCAGGACGUGGACCAACGAAUGGGCUUCAUAUGGCCAAGAUGAAUUGCUCAAACGAGGAUAUGUACCCCAAAGAUGGAACAUGCUGCAAACGCUGUCCUGCAGGAAUGUAUGUGCACAGGGACUGUGAGGGCCGGAGGGCGACCCAGUGUGAGCGAUGUGGACACGAGUCUUACACAGCCACGAAAAAUCACUUGAAACAGUGCCAAAACUGCAGUGUGUGCAGUUCCGAAAACAAUAUGAGGAAAGCAAAACCCUGCACAGCUACAAGCAACACGGUGUGCGAGUGUGAGGCUGGUUUCUACUGUAGUAAUGACCAGUGUGAGCACUGCCAGCCAGUGACUCAGUGUCCUGUGGGUGAAGGAGUGAAGUUUCAAGCCACCCGCACCAAUGACACAGUUUGUGCUCCAUGUGAAAAGGGGAGCUACAGCAACGUAACAGAUUUCCUGUCACCCUGUAAAUCACACACCAGAUGUGAGGAUAUAGGGAGAAAGAUUAAAAUUCCAGGAACCCAUACAGCCGACGCCGUCUGUGACAAUUUACAUCGUUGUUCAUGGAUGUUACCCGCAGGCUUGUGGUCAGGUCUAGUGUUGACCGCACUCGUCAUGUUGGCUGUCGUCAUCUGCUGGAGGGCAAAACGAAAAUGGUGCAGAACAGCCCGUCCCAGUGUUCCUGCUCCUCUGGUAAAGGUGGUUCCCACAGCAAUAGUCACUUCGAUGGAGCUGCCUUUUCCGUCCACUGAGCUCAACAACCACUGCCAAGAGAGUUUCAUCGUGAAGGACUGCAAGUUACCACUUUUCCACCCAGAUGGUGACACAGUCAGCUGCGACAUGGACAUUAAUCUUCCUACAACACCACUGAAGCUCUCAGUCUCAUUUCCUGAUCACAAUGGUGAAAGUGGCGGAAAUCGAAGCAGCAACUUCUUCAGAACACACUCUGAGCCACAGGAGGACGAGUGGUGUGGGACAUAAAAAUAAAAACAAAAAACUAAUGUUGACAGAAGAGCACACUGAGGAAGUGGAGAGGCAGCUUUUUUUUUGGAACACACCUUUCUCCCUUUUCUUAGCGAUCCGGCUAAUUGUCGCCUCCUGCAGGAUUAUUAUGAGAACUUCAUCUGGGAUGAUGUGAUUUAUGAAGAAGCAGUGGGUUAAAAAUCCUCGCAUCAACAAACUAAAAGAACAGUUACCAUAUAAUCAGACCUGAGAUGUUGAUGUGUAGUUGUAUAAUAGGAGCUUCACAAGUAAAACAUUUUUUUUUUAUGAUAUCUAUAUUUCUAUAUGUUUAACUGAAUGUUCUCUUGUGUGUUAUUUGUGAUUUUAUUUUUUCAUUGUUCAAAGGUGACAAUUUUAUAAUUUAACAGUUAGGAUUCCAGCAUUAUCCGUUAAUCUUUAUUCUUAUGGUCGACUCGCCACGGUUUAGGUUGGUUUUCCACUACAAAAUAGUACCUCCUCAAUGUGGGCGGAGUCAUCACCGCACGGCUGCAUGAAACUGCGCUGACCUCGGCGUUUUACACGCAACACACUCGAGCGAGUGACUAGUGACUUGUAAAGCAGUUGUUUUCAGGGUAACUGAAUCAUUAGAAUCAGUUCAUUAAAACUAUUUGUUCAGAACUUCCUUCAUGACCGGAGCACAGACUCCAUCUGACAAAGUCACUGGACUGAAAUACAGCAGCACAGUCUGUGAUGCUGUCGCUAAAAACACCAGACUCCUCUGUUAAAUAUUGAGAUUUUAGACAUUUCCCGGGUAAUUUGUAGGAGAUUAACCCACGUUUUUGGGAUUGUCAAGUCUUUUUAACUGAUCUACAGUUCGGGCAUUGUUCGGCUUGAUUCUUGCAUCUGACGUCUCUUCCUGUGACGGCGCUCUGACCAGUCAGUGGCCGGCAGUCUGGCGACGUCACACAUACCUACUCAGCUUGCUUGAACCUUGCCAGAGCAGGUACUAAAAAAAGUACCUGGUACCAGGUACUAUGCUAGUGGAAACACAACUUAACCAUGCCAUUGUUGUUUUGUUUUUUUUCUAAUUUAACUUAUAUUGUUCCAGAUUCAGGCUGGUUAAUGUACAUUACAAAUGUUGGGAUGCCAAAUAAGUCAAGUCUCAUCUUCUUUUUAAGUAGACACUGUAAUGGAAAUGCUUGUAUUUAUAAAAAAAAAAAAAA